AGCUAAGAUACUGUUGUCGCUUUUCUUUAUGAAUCUUGUCGCCAGCGGUGCUUCCCUCGAAGCUGUUGAUGGGAACAUGGCCGCAUUCGACCUCCCCCAUAAAGCCCAAGUACCACAUCAAGCGCUGCACAGAGCGACUUGAGCAAGCAGACGAGGCUCCACUGUCCGUAGCCAACCGUUCGUGAUACACGUUCCCCUCAUCUUGACUUGGAUAUGCCGAAGAAAAGACACCAAACACACUAUUCGAAACCGCCAUCGACCCCUCCUCCUUCGCUGGCUAGUUCGAGGAUCCGAAGUGCAGAUAACGAUGUACAAACCAAAGGUGUCAACGAGCUGCUUGCCGACCUCCGAAGGAUUGGCGUGAGCAACAAUGGCGCCACCCCAGGUACCCAGAUAACGUCUAUCGACGCAACUCUCAAUCCUAUACCCAGUGUACCACCCGCUUUGCGUCAAGUCCUCCGUAUCCCUGAAUCCCCUGCGCCACAGCAACGAUCGCGUCGCUUGGUUGAUGCUCAGGGCCGCCGUCUGCCCCCGGGCCCCCCGGCACCCCGAUCUUGGCUAGCACAAUCUCGCCAUGCCCCGAAACCUUUGAAGGGCAAGGGUCAUAUCGACUCUCGCGCCGUCCGUGGCAGGGAUUUUUUCAUACACCAGCUGCCAGGUGUCAAUAUUCCGGAGAGGGGCAGCUUGCUAGACCUCGCUCUGUCAACCAUGGUUGCAGACUGGGAGUACCAAAGGCAUUACAACCAAUAUUGGCUAUACACGCUACCGGACCACCUGAGACUAGCACUCAUAUGCUAUCUAGGCAGCUACAGGCCGAACGGUGCAUCUCCGGGUGACUUGAAGAGGUUACUGCUACCGCCUCCUGACAUUGAACCUGGAGAUGAAUCGCUGAAGCCCGGACACAUUCCGAACGAGGGGAUUCACACAUUUGACAUGGUUGAUGGAUUUGGGAAGGCGACCGAUUUAAAGGAGCUUUCCGACAUACUGUUUCCUCGUCGUCCCGCCGAGGUGACUCCUGUUGCUCUGCAAGAAUCUUGGGAUACACCAUCAGAAACCUGGAGUGCUCCCACGCUGGUUGCAGAUAUCCGCCCCUCACUUCUUCCGAACCUCACACGUGUCUCCUUGGCGGUCAAUCCGUCAAUCGCACACAAGAUGUCAUGGAAACACCUGCUUUCCUUCUCAUCGCAUCUGGCUACCGUCACACAUCUAAGUUUGGCAUACUGGCCAAGGCCCACCCUGACGCCAAAUGCCAUUGCAUCUAUGAUCGACUCGCCCAGUGGGUCGAUUCAGUAUGGAGGUACUGGCUUCUACAGCCAUUCACUUGAUGACGACUGGACUGAGGCUAUCUUAUUGCUCAGGCGUCUGAGCAAGAACCUCUACGGGCUAGAGUAUUUGGACGUAACGGGUUGCGCUUCGUGGACUGAGGCGCUGAUCCGGAGUGUAGAUCACGACUCGGUCGAUUGGCAGGGCGCUUGGGGCAAGAUUACAGAGUUGUUGAUGUACUGGGGAUUUCAAACCCCCAAAGUCGAUGAAGAGCAAACAUACUCAGAAUUUUUGGGGCAUAUCGCACUUGCUACUCGAGUCGAGCGCCACAUUAUAGGCAAGAGAUCAGGACGCGGACGGUUUGUCGAAGUCUUCAGGGAUACUAUCCCGGAUGCAUAAAAUGUUAUUGUACCUUGGAUAUGACGACUUACCGUCACCUCUUUGCUGUGCUUAGCUCGUGUGUUUUUGUGUUGAUGUCUUAAUCCUGAGAAGUCUCAAUUAUUUGUCCAUUCACAAUCGACGCUCAGCGUGCGCCGUCCCUCUUUGUCAGAACAGUGUUAUGCAACAACUCCUGUUGACGAGAACACCAACCAAUCAGUCGCAUUCCUAGAUACGGGCGGCGGCAGGGUAUACAGCUAAGGAUCAGCAAUAUCCUCAAAGCUGCCAGAUUAAUGGGUUGUGAGACAGGACCAGG